GCAGUGCCAGACGCAGCGCAGCGCGCCAUGGCGUCAGGAGGCGGCCGCAUGGAGAUCCCUGGCGGCCCGCGGGUGCUGGUGGUGGGCGGUGGCAUCGCGGGGCUGGGCGCGGCGCAGAGGCUCUGCCGCCAUCCGGCCGCCCGGUAUCUACGGAUCCUGGAGGCCACGGCCCGCGCCGGGGGCCGCAUCCGCUCGGAGCGCAGCUUCGGUGGCGUGGUGGAGAUGGGCGCACACUGGAUCCAUGGGCCCUCCCAGGGCAACCCUGUCUUCCAACUGGCUGCUGAGUUUGGGCUCCUGGGGGAGAAGGAGUUGUCUGAGGAGAACCAGCUGGUGGAGACAGGGGGGCAUGUGGGCCUGCCCUCCUCGUCCUGCACCAGCUCUGGGAGAAGUGUGAGCCUGGAACUGGUGGCAGAGAUGGGCAGUCUGUUCUAUGGGCUGAUAGACCAGACCCGAGAGUUCCUGCAUGCGACUGAGACUCCGGUGCCCAGCGUUGGGGAGUACCUCAAGAAAGAGAUCAGCCAGCAGGUGGCCAGCUGGACAGAGGACGAGGAGACCAAGAAGCUCAAGUUGGCUGUCCUGAAUGCCUUCUUCAAUGUGGAGUGCUGUGUGAGCGGCACCCACAGCAUGGACCUGGUGGCCCUUGCACCCUUUGGGGAGUACACCGUGCUGCCAGGGCUGGACUGCACCUUCUCUGGGGGCUACCAAGGACUCACCGACCAAAUAAUGGCCUCCUUGCCCAAGGAUGUGAUGGUUUUUAAGAAGCCUGUGAAGACCAUCCACUGGAACGGGUCCUUCCAUGAGGCAGCGUUUCCUGGGGAGACCUUCCCUGUGUUGGUGGAGUGUGAGGAUGGGUCCCGCCUCCCAGCCCAUCAUGUCAUCGUCACUGUGCCCUUAGGCUUUCUUAAAGAACAUCAGGAGACCUUCUUUGAGCCACCACUGCCCACUGAGAAGGCAGAAGCAAUCAGGAAGAUGGGCUUUGGGACCAACAACAAAGUCUUCCUGGAGUUUGAGAAGCCCUUCUGGGAGCCAGACUGCCAGCUCAUCCAGGUUGUGUGGGAGGGCGCGUCACCUCUGCAGGACACGGCCCCUGCACUGCAGGACACCUGGUUCAAGAAGCUCAUUGGCUUUUUGGUCCUGCCUGCCUUCAAGUCUGUGCAUGUGCUCUGCGGGUUCAUUGCUGGGCUUGAGUCUGAGUUUAUGGAGACUCUAUCUGAUGAAGAAGUGCUUCUGUCUCUAACCCAGGUGCUCCGGAAAGUGACAGGAAACCCACAGCUGCCUGCACCCAAGAGUGUGCUGAGGUCUUGCUGGCACAGCGCCCCAUACACCCGUGGUUCCUACAGCUAUGUGGCGGUGGGCAGCACUGGUGCUGACAUAGACCUGCUGGCCCAGCCCCUCCCGCUGGACAGCACCAGCGCCCAGCUCCAGAUACUGUUUGCCGGAGAAGCCACACAUCGGACAUUUUACUCCACAACGCAUGGGGCCCUGCUGUCCGGCUGGAGGGAGGCUGACCGCCUCAUCAGUCACUGGGACCCACAGGCACAGCAGCCCCGGCCCAGGCUCUGAUCUCAACUCCUGCUGCUCUGCUCCUCCAUGGGGCAGACUGGGACUCUCCUGCCCCUGACAGAUGAUUCUCAGUCUGGCCUGAGAUUCGGGCUCUUACUCUGAGUCUUCUGUUUUGGGUAGCUGGUCAUCUUCUCAUUUCUCACAUCUGUCCCAGGAGUCUGGCUUGGGCUGAGUGUAAAGAUAAGAUAC